UAAAAAAUCUAUCAACAAAGGUAUAUCAAUUAAAAAACAACACAAGAACUGCAUUGCGUUUUAGUAUAAUAUUAUACAAAAGAUAAUUACUUAUUGCCGUUUAAUAUAUCAUUACGACUUCUUGUAAAUUGUUUAAAAUAUUUCAACUCCCUCGAGAAGAAGAAAAAGAAACGAACUGACGAACUGAUUUUGACAGUAAUAAAAUACCGCAGUUGCGAGAGUGUUGAUAGCAGAAAUUAUUAAAAUCAUACACUUCGUCAAACUUUGUAAGUUAAAUAAUUAACAAAAUAAAAAUUGCCAUGUCUCGAGAUGUAGGAAAGACCGAAUUAACUCCUCCACCACCGCCGAACAUAAGUAAUUACACUCGGACAUUGGAAGACGGUGAUUGGACUUGCAGCAAUUGCUCUAAUGUCAAUUUUGCAAGGAGAAAUGCUUGCAAUCGUUGUAAUAAAGAAAGGGCUCCAUCAGCUUGUAAGAAAAUGAAGUUAGGCCAGGAGAUUGGGAAAGUGGCUGCAGAGAAAAGUCGCGGUUUGUUUAGUGCAGACGAUUGGCAGUGUAACAAAUGUGGUAAUGUAAACUGGGCACGCAGACAGCAGUGCAACGUUUGUAAUGCCCCAAAGUUUGGAGAAGUAGAAGAGAGAACAGGGCUUGGAGGAGGCUAUAAUGAUCGUGGAGUUGUCGAAUAUAAAGAAAGGAACGAUUCAGAUGAUGAAUAUGAUGAAUUUGGACGAAAAAAGAAGAGAAAAAACGCAAGGGAUACCUUGAAAGAUGAGGAGAUUGCGGAGAGAGAGACUAAAAAGAAAAAUGAUGAAAGUAAUCCUCCUGCAGAAUUGGAAGAAGAGGAAGAUGAUGAAGAGGAAGACGGAGAGGAUGAAGACUUGUCAAAAUAUGAUUUGAGUGAUUGGGGUACUGAUGCUGAACUUGAAAAGAAGAAUACACAUUCACGUUCAAGAUCUAGAUCACCAACAGAAAGGAAAUAGGAACUAUUGAAACUUUUGGCUUUUAAAUAUGCUUCAGUUACUGUGUAACUUGAGUUGAAUUAAGCAGAAUUGAAUAUGAUAGAAGAGUGAUUUGAUUCUUUUCAUCAGUUAACAAAUUCCAUUGCACUAUAGCUUCUAAUUCAUGAUUAAAUAAAUAUUAAAUAUGUAUUUUAAGUUUUAAAUGGAGUUACAAGCGCUAAUUAUAACUAUAUGAAAAUGUAAAAUAGGAAAAAUGCAAAUACCAUACAAUAAUCAAAUGUUUCUUA